AUGUUGGGAGCGGCCCUCGCCCUUUCACUGGCGGCUUUUACUCUGGGUGUCUCCUCGGCUAAACACGCACAAAACUACGACGACAACAACGCCUGCGAAAUCGCUCGAAAUGCUGCCAAGUCUGGUAUUGGUUCCCGCAUCAAGCCCUCUGAGGCAUUGGCUUGUCUAGCAUCUGUACCACUGGCCCGGGACCACGACAUGGAGCUCAUAGACUAUCUUGUUCCAUACGUGGAGCAGCAAAGUACUCUUGGUAUCUUGAAGAACCCCCCUGAGACAUACCUCUUCCCAGCUAUCGACCUGGUGGGUGGCUUGAGGCAGAUCAAGGACAAGAUAUGGGCGGGAGGUUACAACUCUCAGCUCGAGUUCGCCUGGGACAUGAACAGGCUGUGGAACCAGGUCAACGACGGCCAUUUUGAUUAUAAACCAGCUCUGCUUCAGGUGUUUGGCUUUCAGUCCGGCAGAGGACUCAAAUCAGUGUCCGGAGAUGGUCUCGAGCUUCCCAAAAUUUACGAUGAAGAAGAUUUGGCAAAUUCACAUUUGCAAAAUUUCACCCCAUCGGCCGUGGUCAGCAUUGAUGGAAUUCCAGUCGUCGACUACCUUCAAAUAGUUGCUUCCGCAGGUGCUCUCCAGGACCCCGAUGCGCAGUACAACAACUUGUUCACCACCACUGCAACCAGGGCACGUGGAGGUGGCGGCUACUUCAGGAGCGGCGGCUAUACUGAGCUCCCUGACGUCAGUGUCUACAAGUACGCCAACGGCACCGUCACUUCGCAUCCGAACAACGCUAUUCUCCGACAGGACCUGAGGGGCAUUUCUAACGGCCGUCAGCUACAUCUGGCUUAUGAAAUACCGGCCCCGCAGAAUUUUGGCACCGGUAAAGAGAACGACAAUAAGAAGUCGAAGGGUCCGGUCCCUAUCAACAAGCCGACGGUGCCAGGCUAUCCUUUGCCUGUCGCGAAGCACUACAACGACUAUAUCGCAGGCUACUUCAUGAACGGCUCUGACUACCAUGACGUUGCGGUCUUGUCCAUAUACUCAUUUACGCCCAAGGCGACCGCCAAGAAGACCGAGACUGAGUUCUCUGAGUUCCGCCGUGUGGUACGGAAGUUCAUUGAGGAGUCUCGCCGGGAAAAGCGAACCAAGCUCAUCAUUGAUCUUCAAGCCAACGGCGGUGGCAUGCUCCACAUGGCGUACGAACUCUAUCGCAACUUGUUCCCCAAUUCAGAGCCGUUUGACGGCACCCGCAUCCGCGCCACAGAUGCGUACAACAUGAUCGGCAAGGCGGAAUAUGGCACUCCGAAAGAACGGAAUGUUGUCAAUAAUCCUCUCGACAAGAACUGGAAACGUUACGAGAGCUGGGAAGCACUUUGGGGACCCGUCGACGCCAAAGAGGACAAAAUGACCAACCUCGUGCGAUACGACUUCAAGAGCAACACAACUGUCGGGCAGCCUGGCUUUUACAUCUCAGGGUAUGGACCGAACGACAAGCCGCCAGAGCCGCACUUUGAGGGCAAGAACAUCCUCAUUGUGACGGACGGCUUCUGCGCAUCGACAUGUACAGUUCUUUCGCGCCUUCUCAGUAACGAGCAGGGUGUCCGCUCCCUUGCCCUAGGCGGUCGACCCUUGAAGGCCCCGAUGCAAGGCAUUGGAGGUGUCAAAGGUGCCCAGAUGGUCAAGUUCCAAGUGUUCCAAGACUUGCUCAAGGAUGCGCUCAAAAAAAUGCCCAAGGAUGCAGAAAAGCCUGACAACCUCCCCAGGAUCUCCCAGGUGCCGCUACUCCCCAGCCUCAGCAGCAUCAGCUUCAACUUCCGCAACGCCUACGAGAACGCCGACUCGCUGACCCCGCUGCAGUUUGUAUACGAGGCCGCGCACUGCCGGCGCUUCUACACGUACGAAAUGACACGCGACCCGACCGAGGUGUGGAGGGUUGCGGCCGACGUCGCCUUUCGAGGCGGCAAGUGCGCCGAGGGGAGUAGUCUUGGAAAGGACAACACGAUGGGCGAGAGGCCGGAUCUUGACAGAGCCAAGGUCGUUUCGAAGCUCGCUCCUUACAACGGGCCGGGAUCUAGGAUUUACAACGAUAUGAAACUGAAACGUCGCGAGUUGACGGGCUCGCGUCUGUCUGUGGCCAGGAGGCGAUCCGAAGCGAAGCUACAGAAGCGUGCGCAAGUUGUAUCGGCUGCGGACGAGGAGCUCAUCAGCCGUGUACCGGUCAUGGAUGAGAAUUGGUGGGAGCACACAGGUAUCUGA